AGUGCGCGCGAGGGGCCACCCCGGAGAAGGUGGCGCUUGUCCCGCGGGCUUGGGGCGUCGCGACCGCCUCUCGGGGGCGCCCGAGGUCGAGCCAGAGCCUGUCCCCGCGCCCGACCGGCCCGCAGCGCGUCGGAUCCCCGAGCCUGCCGUGCGCCCCUGCCCGCCCGCUCGCGCCCAGCCGCUGCCCAUGGGCGCCGCCGGCUCCACCGCGCUCGCCCGCCUGGGCCUCCCCGAGCCCGGCCGCACCCGCUGGCUGGGGGUGGCCGCGCUGGGGGUGGCCGCGGUGACCCUGGGGGCCGUGGCCUGGCGCCGCGCGCGCUCCCGGCGGCGCCGGCGGCUGCAACAGGUGGGCACCGUGGCGCAGCUCAGAAUCUACCCGCUCAAGUCGUGCAAGGGGGUGCGGGUGAGCGAGGCCGAGUGCACGCCCCUGGGGCUGCGCAGCGGCCACCUGCGGGACAGGUUCUGGCUGGUGAUCAAGGAAGAUGGACACAUGGUGACAGCCCGGCAGGAGCCGCGCCUGGUGUUGGUCUCCAUCGAGGCUGAGGGUGACCGCCUGGUCCUCAGUGCCCCAGGCAUGGACCCGCUGGUUCUGCCCAGCAAGCUGCCUUCGUCCAACUCCAUUCAGAACUGCAGGCUAUUCGGCCUCGACAUCCAGGGCCGGGACUGCGGCGAUGAGGUGGCUCAGUGGUUCACCAGCUACCUGAAGACGGAAGCCUUCCGGCUGGUCCAGUUUGAAAAGAACAUGAAAGGCAGGAAGGGGAGGGAGAUUCUCCCUGAUAUCAAGGAGAAAUACCAGGUGGCUUACCCAGACUGCAGCCCUCUCAUGGUUCUCUCGGAUGCCUCCCUGGCUGACCUCAACUCCCGACUGGAGAAGAAGGCCACAAUGGAUAAUUUCCGGCCCAACAUCGUGGUGACGGGGUGUGGCGCCUUUGAGGAGGACACCUGGGAGGACCUGGUCAUCGGCAGCGUGGAGAUGAGGAAGGUCCUGGCAUGUCCCAGGUGCAUCAUGACCACUGUGGACCCGGACACCGGCGUGAUUGACAGGAAGGAGCCUCUGGAGACCCUGAAGAGCUACCGGCUGUGUGAUCCCUCUGAGAAGUCCAUCUACAAGUCUUCCCCCCUUUUUGGAAUCUACUAUUCAGUGGAAAAGAUCGGCAGCCUGAAAGUGGGAGACCCUGUGUACCGGAUGGUGUAGUGGCCACCUACGGGGAUGAUGGGCUCAGUGUCCAGAGGCACAUCAGGGACAGCUUGUGCACAGCAGCUCGUCUUGUCAGCCGUGGACCGGUUUUGCCUCAGACAUGAAGAUUCUGUUUUUGACUUUGUUGGAAUCAUGCAUGCUUCAAAUGAAUGCAAGAAAAGGCUUAGAGGUGAUUUGGGAAUAAGGAGAUGAACAAAUGGUAGGUAAUGAAGACUUUCCAAAUGACUAGUGUUGCCUAGAAAAUGAUCUUAUAUGUUCCUGUAGCUCUUCCAUUUCUUACCAAGCCCUGCCAAUGACAUUGAGGAGUAAAGUAUGUAUCAAGAAUCAACUGAAAGUUACAAAGAAAAGCUCUUCGUGUCCUUAUUGUAUCACUCACCAUGCAGUAUUGUGGCAGACUGAGAAGCAGAAGGUUUUCUGAUGUGUCUUAGUGUGUCACAAAGGGGGGACUUUCCACUUAAGCUUCUGACACCCACCCCCCAACAUUAUGGGUCAGGUUGUGAUUGAGUAAGAAAUUGGAAAUUAUUGGCUAUACCUUGCGUUGUAUAUUCGAUUACUUCUUGGUUAAGCCACAUCCAAGUGAGUUGGGGGCACCCCUGAGUCGGUGCAGGGUACAGGAGACGGGCUGAGAAUGGGAUUUUCAGAGCAGAAGAGGCAGGAGGAGGAGUGAAUGAAUAUCUUCUAGCUGCCUGUAAUUGUUUGUAACGAAGAGACAUGAACCCUUUGGUCUACCCCGCCCCAGUGCCUACCAUGGGAAUGAAUGACACCCCCAGGCCCCAGUUGUUGUUUUGAUAUUAAUAAAAGUGAUUCUUGAUUGUG